GAAGAUAGAAAUGGAUUUGUUGAACAAACUGCCAGAAAAUUGCAUAGCGAAAGUGAUCUCCCUUACGAGUCCCGAAGAUGCCUGCCGGAUUUCUGUACUGGGGUCCAUCUUCAAAUCGGCGGCCGAUUCCGACUUUGUUUGGGAGGCGUUUAUGCCGUCUGGUUACAGGGACAUUAUCGCUCGAGCUGCUGCUCCUCCAACGUCCUUCUCCUCCACCAGGGACCUGUUUUUCCACCUUGCCGAUACACCUCUUAUAAUCGACAACGGAACUAAGAGCUUUUCAUUGGAAAAACGAACUGGGCGGAAGUGUUACAUGUUGGCUAGUAGAGACCUCAGCAUUACAUGGAGUAAUUCCCCCAUGUACUGGAGAUUUAGAUCUCUACCCGAAUCCAGAUUCCCUGAGGUGGCAGAGCUGAUCUUCAUGUUAUGGUGA